ACGUGACCAAAACAGGAACCAAGAGAAUGGGACUAGUAGACUCUAAACACAGCAGAUCUCACCUUUGGGAUGAAAAUAUUCUGUACGUUAAACAGUAAUCACUGGAGUCUGAUAAUUAUGAAGAUGGCUGUGAUUUUUUUUCUGGGGGUGAUUUUAUAUGGCGCAAUGAAUUCACAAUUUACUGUUGCAUUAAAAACAGAUUGUCGAUUAAUGGGAAGACCUCUGUUCAAACUGGAUUUGUCUUGGCCUAAAUACACUGAGGAGUUUACUGGUGAAGCAUUUGGGGUGGCCGUUAACCAAGUAUCUGGUUUGGUAUAUGUUGCUCAGAGAGGAGAGAAUGUAGCGAAAGUACUUGUCUUUAACAUAGAUGGAGACUUCAUGCAAGCUUGGAAUACCACAACUUUAGAGAUGCCCCAUGGAAUUUUCCUUGCUGGUGCACUUACCAACCCUUCGGUGUGGAUUACAGAUGUUGGAACAGGUCCGUAUGGCCAUACAGUUAAGCAGUACACUCCUUCAGGGAAGCUUCUGCAGAUUCUGGGCACGCCUGGGAAAGCAGGGUCGGGUGUGAAUCCACUUCAGUUCGAUCAGCCGGCAGAGAUCUUUGUCCAUACCUCUGGGGAAAUCUACAUUGUGGACGGGGAUGGAGGCAUGAACAACCGUCUGAUUAAGUUAUCGGAAGAUCUCCAGGUAGUGUGGGUGCAUGGGGAGGAAGGCCAGGAGCUGGCACAGUUUCACAUUCCCCAUAGUGUGGCCGUGGAUAGCUAUCAGAGGGUAUGGGUGGCUGAUCGAGGAAACAAGAGAAUCCAAGUGUUCAAUUCAGUGACAGGAGACUGGCUCGGCACAUGGGGAAGCUGCUUUAGUGAAGAUGGACCAUACUCAGUUAGGCAAACUUCGGAUCAGAAGUAUUUUGUUGUGGUUCAGCUGAACAGUAACCGGAUCACCCUGCUGGAAGCUCCUCCAAUCGGAGUGAUCGGUCAGUGUCAUGUGGUCAGUGUCAUCCAGCUGGCUGAGGAUGUGAAGCCCCACCUGGUUGACAUUGACCUCAAAACAGGAGCGUUAUAUGUGGCAGAGAUUGGUGCGCAGCAGGUUCAAAAGUUUAUGCCUUACACUCUAGACAGAAAAAGGGCCUCUGAAACUCCUUUCAAGGCAUGACAAGCUGAUCAAAUACAAAAUGUCACCCAUAAAGAAUGCUUAGAAUAGCAAUAUUUUCAUAUUGUUUGUGUAAAUAUAUCGUUUUAAUGUCGUUUUACAAAUGUGUAUGUCGAUUCUGUCAAGUAAUUUUCUUGCACCUCACCAAGCACCCCUUCUCUCAGUAUUUCCCCCACCCAAAGCAUUUGGACGAGGCUCCCAGUAAGUGCAAGAGGAUAUGCACAGAUAAUCAAGUAUUUAGAUAACCAUUUGCAGAAUAACUAUUCCAAUAUUAGUAUCACCAUUUGAUUAUUAUCAAUACACAUUCCCAUAUCACAACUGACAAUAAAGAAAUGUACUGUUCAAGA